AUGGGUACAAACACCUUCAACUUCAAGGACUUGUCCAUGAAGAAACCCCCCGGUGAUUAUUUCGGCAUGAAGCCCGUCAGUGGAUCGUCCCCGGCAGCUAGUCUUGCCGCGGACCUGUCCCAGAAUUUUCACAUCGAUCAAAGUCCCCAAUUGGCUACGCCCCGGCGGUCUUUGUUCUCCUCCAACCUCUUCGGACAUGGCAAUGCUCGUGGGUAUAUAGAAGACACGAUGACCACUCCUCCGCUUCCAUCUUCCUCGCCAGCUCCCAUCAUGGAAACUAUGGAAAUGUCACCAUUACCUCACAAGACCCCGUUCAUCGUGACGACGGAGAUCGAUCUGAAUGCACUCACGCCGACUGGCUCACCAAUGGACUCGCCCAUGAUGUCGACCGCGCCGAGCCCGCUGCAGGAUUCCCCGUCGAUGGGACCGAAGGAGGACAAACUCGAGAGGAAGCGUCCGAGCUUGCUACGUCCCAGUCUGUCCAGAAGCAAGGCUCAGUCCUUUCAGCUAGGAAUGAUCAAGCCAGCACCGGAGAGUCAGGCACCGCCGUUUAAAUUCCACAGCAAGGGAAACAAGACUUCGUUGAGCGCUUCGACUUCGCUGGAGGAUAUGUUUGGGGAAUCGCCGCAGAGGGAAAGGCCCGCGAUACGGAACCCUGGUACCCUUCUGAGCAACCCCCGGCUCAGACCACCGUUCGCCAGCAAUGGAAGCCACGUUCGUGGAAACGGAUCUCCCUCCGCCGCGUCAAUUCGCAAAAACUCCCACCCCUUGAUGCGCCCCCGGAAACAGUGCAGACGGUCACUGAGCAUGUUUGAGCACCCGGAGGAUGUGAUUGUCGAAAAAGAGGCAAACUACAUUACAAAUGCACCACUACAAUCGAUCACUGAUAUCGAAUCUACACCCAGCCUACAGCUGCCUCACUUUGUUCCUGAGGAGCAGGCUGAUACAUUGCCUCGCAUCGACAAGACCAUUCUCGUGGACCUCAUGGAUGGGAAGUAUAACGACCGUUUCGACCACAUUCUGGUCAUUGACUGCCGCUUUGAGUAUGAGUACGAGGGCGGCCACAUCAACGGAGCAGUGAACUUCAAUGACAAGGAGUAUCUGGCUGCUGAGCUUUUCGCGGAUCCUAAACCCAGGACCGCCCUGAUCCUUCACUGCGAAUAUUCCGCGCACCGAGCACCCAUCAUGGCCAAAUACAUCCGUCAUCGGGACCGUGCUGUCAAUGUGGAUCAGUACCCGCAACUAACCUACCCGGAUAUGUACAUUUUGCACGGGGGUUACAGUGCCUUCUUCGCUGACCAUCAGGCGCUCUGCUUCCCUCAAAACUACGUGGAAAUGAGUGCCAAAGAACACGAAUAUGCAUGUGAGCGUGGCCUCGGGAAGGUCAAGCAACGAUCAAAACUGGGCCGUGCUCAGACGUUCGCUUUUGGUCAGCACUCGCCUCAGAUGGAAGACAGCCCCACUGGCAGAUGCCGGAACAAUCCCGGCGAGCGUAUCCGAUUUUUGGAUUCUCCCUUUGAAGGGACACCCACGUCGGGUCGAGGCACCGGCCGUCGCAUGCUCUCUUAUUAG